ACUGGAGGUCACCUGAGAGGCAGCGACAACACAGAGGACAUUUAAAGAUGGCGGGUGUGGUGCCUGACGAGCAAUACGAGGUGCAGUUUUUGGGCUUUUCACCCUCGCUGUUCGUGGAGGGAGUGGAGCAGGUAAUAGUCCACCGUCUAGAUGAAGCGCUCAAUCAACUGGAGGAACAGUUUUCUAAGCUGGAUCCAGAGGUGCUACCGGAGGACGAGAGGCAGCGAGGCAUGACCAAAUUGCGGGCUGAGACUGAUAGGACACUUGCGGUGCUCCAGCAAGCUGAAGGUGUUUACCUCAACUCCUUCAUUGGUGUGACCACUUUGCUUGAUGCCCUGAGAGUCCCUGCCCACCUGCUGCACCCUGCAGACCUGGAGCAGGCCAACCCAGCCACUGCUGAGGAGGUAGAGGCACUCAACCAGGAGCUGGAGGCACUGAGACAGGAGCUGCUAAAUGAGCGAUACAUGAAGAAGCGGUGCCAGGCGCAGCUCAAGAACAUAGAGAAGGCAUUGGAGGAGCAGAGAAAGGUCCUGGAUGGCCCCCUGAAUCCUGCUGCCAUGACCAAGGUGGAGGAGGCCAAGGAGAGGUUGUGUCUGAUUCGGGACAACCAGGAAGACCUCGUCACCGCCACACUGCAGGCCAGGGAAGCCACCAAGGAUCUGCCCAAGGACUCAAGCUCUCCUGACAUGUACUUGGCUCAGGAGAGUUUCAAGUGAUGGAGGCAGGAACACCCCAACAGACAGUAAGGAGUAGUGGUUAGCUGUAGUGGAGGUUGGAGUUUGGAAGUAAUGGAAGCAGGAACACCAUAGGCAGUAGCAGUUGUGUUGAGGGUAAUGCAGGAAUUAGUAGUAGUGGAAGAUUGUAUCCAAGUUUAUCACUCCACAGAACCCAAUCUUCCACUACUUAUGUUUUUGUGGAGGGAAGUAGAGGCCAGUGUGCUUCAAGGAGACUGAACACCACUGUAUCCAAGCUUGUCGCUCCACAUAACCCUGUGGAGCGCUGAUUCCUUGCAGCACACUGGAUCCACUUCCCUCCACAGACAGUAGUGUUGGUUUGUUGCAGGAAUAUUUUAGGGAGCAGAGGUGAUUAAUGUUUUAUGUCUCAGGUCUUAUAAGCACUUCCAAGAUGACUCAAUGGUACAACUGACUGACAAGGAGGAAAACUGGUGGCUUUGGGGGGAGGUCUCUCUCUCUCUCUCUCUCUCUCUCUCUCUCUCUCUCUCUCUCUCUCUCUCUCUCUCUCUCUCUCUCUCUCUCUCUCUCUCUCUCUCUCUCUCUCUCUCUCUCUCCACAGACCCACAGGAUGUCCCCCCACAGUAUGUUGACAAACCCACAGUCACUCCCCACAGCCCCUCACACACACAAUACUCACUGACUCGCCUGAGAGAGAGCGAGAGGAGACGUUAUUCACUGAUUGUUUUGUGUUAGUACAUUGUUUUCAGUUGUUGUAGUGAAGGUGUUCUCUCCUCUCACACUAACAGUUUGAGCAAUACAAGCUGCACAAGUGAUAUUUGUUACUGAGUUAAAGCUUUGAGUUCAGUGCUACAGUGGCUCUUUGUCAUGGAGGCUGACAACAGUUACAUGGACUCAGAAAUAGUUUGGCUUGACAUAAACAACAUGAGCCAGGAUGUUGCUCCACACACACACACACCACCAGAGCCUUGUGUGGUGCAUCUUGGUAACCACAGCCUCAACUACCACUUACAAGUACAAUUGUAGAAAGUUUUCAAACAUGUUUUUAUAUGUAGUUUUACACAGCAUAGUUUUUAUAUGUAGUUUUACACAGCUAUGUUAAUGUAAAAGUACAUACAUUUUUCCUUGUAAUAUACAUAUUUUUUUUACAUGUACACUCCUGUAAAUACUUUCGCUGUGGCUUCGUGCAUUAUAGUUUUAUAUAUAAAAGCUUACAGCUGUCUUAUGCUUCCUAAACACAAAAUGUUUUUAUAUAUGAUUACAUUUUCAUAACAUUGUACUACAAGUCUUUCUUCCUCAUUCCUUUAUAAUAAAGAAAAUUAUAAUUAUAUUCCCUCCCAGUAUUGACUACAAUAAAGCAUUACCAAUUAUCA